CAUCCAUGCAUCGAUCAAAGUCUAUCUCUUACCUCGUGCCCCUCAUGCAUGCAUUGAUCAAGUGUUGACAUCGUGCCCGCGUGCCCCCUUGCCCAGGAUGAUUAGUAGCUGGUUUACCCGUGCUUUGUCACGUGCUCCGUUGUGGAAGGUUGAUCCGAGCUCGCGGUCACCAAGAGAUGCUGCACAUCCAUCGACUCUCGGCCGUGCUUCGUACACUCACCUUAUUUCAACAGUGACCAUAAGGCAACCUCGACGACUGCCGGGCAACCAGGUGGUCAUCCUCUGGCCACUGAUCCCUUGCGUUCAACUCGCUUGUCGCCUGGCGCUUCCCUGUCCGACAAGUGCUCAACGACCGCCGCUGGCGCUCGGCAGAAGCAACAAUCCACGGGACCCCGCGUCAUAUCGGCCGCCAGGGAUAGUGAUCAAGAAUGCCGUGGGACAUCAACACGACAGGAGACAGCGGGCCGAUAGCCUCUAGCUCGAAUGCGAACCCCAGUCAUGCUCGGUCGUGGGGGCAAGAAGCGGCAGGUCAAAGAAGCGUCGGCAAUGACUAUCAAGGCCUCGGACGGUCCAACUCUCGGUCGGCGUCAGACGUCGACGUUGACAUGGCGAUGGGCUUUGAAGGAGAAGAAGAAGGAGAGUACGAGGAGAACGACUCACCUUUCCGUGGAGCACUAUCAGCAACCGGUAACGACUUGUCACCAGCAUCGCUACUCGCAAACGCUGGCGAACCAGCACGCCGCAUUCGACCUGCCUCGAGACGCAACGUUGCGAGGGCGUGCGAACAGUGCCGAACACGGAAGACAAGGUGUUCGGGUGACCAACCUACAUGCGCCCUUUGCCGAAGGCUUGGGAAGGACUGCGUGUACUCGACUGUGGUGGAUGGUCGCCUGACGGACAAAUCCGCGAAGCGGAGGCUGGAAUACUUGCAGAACCGUGUCCGAACUUUGGAGUCAGCACUGGCAGAUGCUUUGAACAACCAGACCCCCCCUGCGCCUGGUGUUCAGGAUCAGCCCCUCGGCACGAACCAACAGCUGCCUCAAUACCAAGGCCAUACAUUCCUCAUCAACCCAGGAGAAGGGUUAACGACGACUGAGCUCAUUCGGCGAGCGCGGCCCGUAUCGACGUUUGACGAGAACUCGCCUGACUGGGAUCCCUUCGGCGUCGGUCGACUUGCCUUGUCCCAGAAUGGUGCGCUGCACCUGUAUCCAGCUGCAACGUUCUACUCCCCAGCCCACAUGGCGCCAGACUGGGAGAAGGCGCUCGAGGCCCUCAUCGCUGGCCCAGUCAAUCGGCCAGGCUACCUUGCGCCAUACCUGCCAUUCCCCCUCGCCCCUGAGCACCACACAGCCCUUAUCGACCUCUGCUUCUCCCACAUGCUCAGCUUUGGGAUGAACAGCUUCAAGGACAAGUUCAUUACUGAGAUGCGCCAGGACCCCAUGGGUAAAACGGCCUACUUCUCGCCUAUGCUUCACUUGGCGGUCCUCGGUGUCGGCUUCAGGUACUUCCGCGACCCGGAAGGCGUGGGCAUGUACUACUCUGGAGAGGGCGCCAGCAACCGUGGUGAGGUGUUUAUCGAGAAGGCCAUGACCAUGGUCAUGGACGAGGUGAGGGAUCCGCGGUUGAGCGUGAUUCUUGGGCUCCUGUUACUGUGCGGCUAUAACGUUGGCGUCAUGAAGGAUCCAGUUGCCUCAAGCUUGUAUGCCAUGGCCGUUCAUGUCGCCCUAGAAAUGCGCCUACACCGCCGAUGCGACACACAACUCCACGAACUGGGUCUCGACGUUGACUGCGAACUGGACAUUGCCCGACGGGAUGUGUUCGGAUACUCGUUGAAUCUGAUGGCCUGGUAUACAACCUACAUGGGCCAGCCCCCACUCCCACUCUGCGACGGUGCCGACCAACGGUCGCCUUACAUUCGAUCCGACUUGAGUGACCCUGCCGAGGUGGAGAUCUCCGAAGUCUUCCACCACCUCGUCCAGCUGAGCGACUUUGGCCUCCAGGCGCUCCAGACGAACCACUGGAUGCGGGCGCCGAUGCAGGAGCGGGCGUCGCGGGUUCGCGCAAUCACGUCCAGGCUUGAGGCGUGGCACGCCUCCCUUCCCGAACACCUACAAUGGCCGCCAAAGGAGGGCACCACCAUGAACCCUUGUGUGAUAACAACACACGGCAUGUACGCAGCAUACAUGAUCAUUCUCUACCGGCCCUACAUCCUCGAUGCAGACAACAGCCCGCCCGAAAUGGUGGCCGAAGCCAUAUCUCGAUGCCUCUCCUGCGCCAGUGACAUUGUGGUGCAGUCGCAGUACUUGGACAAGACACACGGUGUUCACACGACGGCCUUGACAUGGAAGCACAUUCUGUUUGUCUGCGGCACCAUGCUCGUUUUGCAAGCAUCCGGCCUUCCAUCUGUGACGAUGGCUGAACGUGAGCGUGCUCUCGUGGAUCUUCAGUCCAUUCAGGCAAGCUUGGAGGAGCUAUCGUCCGUCUGGCCCGUAGCUGGAACGUGUUCCACUGCGCUUCAGCAACUGUUGGACCAGGGGGUCCCGCUUGAAGCAUGGAAGAACGACGGGACGAGUAGGGCAAGGCAGUAGAGAUGGGAUCUGCUCGCUUCCACAGAGUUAGGUUGGUAAGGCAAGACACCGUUGGAC